AUGGCUGCGGAGGCGGCCUUCUCGGCUCCCCUUCCCGUCCUUCCCUUCCCCUUGCCUGCGCCGACCGCCACUCCGGCGCCGGCGGACAACUCCAAGUCCUCCAGCCCCUUGCUUGGCGGCUCGCCGAACCCGCCCCCUGCGUCGGUAUUGCCGACGCCCGCGUCUUCUCGCACCGGUGGUUCUGAGCUUCCCUCGGAGCCGCUCGUGUCCGCCACCACGCCCGAGCAGCUUACUCUGGCGACCGCCUUCCGUCGCGGUUUACUCGCAAAAUCACGGCCGGAUUUCCUCGUGCGCCGGCCAGAUCCUUCGUCGGCGCCGUUCAUGUUCACUCCCGGCGACGCGCUGCUGCACUACGUCCUCGAAAACUUCUCUUCGCCGGUCUUCACCCCCGUCGCCCCGGCCCCCGGGCUCGACCAAGUCUUCUCCGACGCAGAAAUGGAGAAGGAUGACAUGGAGGAGGACGAAGCUCAAGACGUUGAAGAAGAGGAUGCAAUGAGGUUGGAAUGGCUACAAGACUUGUUUGCAGCGGCAGACAGAUAUGACCUCGAGCAGCUCAAGUUCAUAUGUGAAAAGCACUUGUCCGAGGAGGUACGCGUGAGCUCGGUGGGGUCCACUCUUGCUCUGACCGAGCGACACCAUUGUCACGGUUUGAAAGAGGCAUGUUUGAGGUUCAUCCAAGCCCAAUCCCUCUCAUGCCUGCAAAGAAUAAUGGAAACUAAUGGCUGGGAGUAUUUGAACAGGACUAAUCCCUCUGUUUUGAACGAGCUCAUUACCAAGCUUGCUUCGAACCAAAGCAAAUAG